ACCGUCUCCGCCGCCGCCAGUGUCGCGGACCGCGGCUGCUCCCUUCAAUGGACGCUGAGCUUCUAGAUCGAGCAGCAAAGCUCGCCGACAAGUCCGCAGGCCUCACAUCCCCUCACCCUAACUUCGGGUGCUUGAUCUCCGCCGCCGGAGGCAGAGGCGGGAAGGCGGGGGUCGUCGGCGAGGGUUUCCUCUACGCGCAGGGCACGAAGUGCGCUGAGCUCCAGGCUGUCGAGACCGCCGGCGAGCUCGCCCGCGGAGGCACGGCGUAUCUUAACAUGGAGCCUGGGGAUUGCUACGGCGAUCAUACUCCUGUAUCCUCCCUGAUCCAGGCAGGGAUUUCGAGGGUUGUAGUGGGCAUGAGACAUCCGCUGCAGCAUCUGCGAGGGGAGGCUAUAAGAUCAUUAAGAAGUGAAGGAGUUCAAGUUGAUGUCCUUGGUGAGGAUCUGCAGAGUAAAAUAUUCGAGGGAGCAUUGAAGUCGUGCCUCAAUGUAAAUGCUCCGUUACUUUAUAGAUCUGCCUUUCAUGUUCCAUUCUCUGUUUUCAAGUAUGCAAUGACCCUGGAUGGAAAAAUUGCAACAAGUAGUGGGCAUGCAUCUUGGGUGAGUAGCAAGCAGUCUAGAGUUCGAGUAUUUGAGUUGCGGGGCAGAAGUGAUGUUGUGAUUGUUGGAGGAAAUACUGUACGUCGUGACGAUCCACGGCUAACUGCCAGGCAUGGUGGGGGCCACGUUCCUGUUCGAAUUGUAAUGUCUCAAACACUUAAUCUUCCUGAAGAAGCUAACCUUUGGAAUACCUCUGAUGCAUACACUAUUGUUGCAACUCAAAGGGGUGCACGGAAAGAUAUACAGGAAAAACUUGCAAGAAAAGGUGUUGAAGUGGUGGAGUUUGAUUUUUUAGACCCACGAGAGUUCAUGGAGUAUUGCUAUGACCGCGGGUAUCUUCAAGUGUUAUGGGAGUGUGGUGGGGGUCUCUCUGCACCGGCUAUAUCAUCUGGGAUAAUUCAUAAGAUUUAUGCAUUUGUGGCCCCUAAAAUUAUAGGGGGAGUAAACGCUCCAUCGCCUGUUGGUGAACUUGGAAUGGUUCACAUGUCCCAAGCACUUAAUUUAAUUGAUCGAGAAGUUGAGCUGAUUGGACCAGAUUUACUUAUAAGUGGUUAUCUUCAGCCAAUUCCGGACCUCUCACCCAUGAUCCCAUCUGCUGAUACAACUUUAGCUCUUGAUCCUACGGUUUCCCCUUAUGAUGCAGACAUUAUAUUCUUUUACAAGACUUGGGAUCCAUAUGGCGCAUUAUCAAAUUUUUCUCCUCACCCUUUGCAAAUGCCUGAUGGAAAUGGAGAUUGCACUACAUGGUCUACUCUGGAACACUAUUAUCAGGCAAACAAGUUUUGGCGGGUUAAUAAUCCUCUAGCAAAAGAAUUUAUUCAACAAAUCAAAUAUGCUAAAAGUCCUGAAGAAGCAGCGCGGUUGGGGAGGAAAUUGCAGAGGCAGCACCCUGAUGUGGUUAGAGACGACUGGGAGGAUGCGAAGAUUGAUGUUAUGUAUGAGGCUUUGAAAUGCAAGUUCUCUACAUAUCCUCAUCUCAAUGCUAUGCUGCGCUCAACUGCGGGCUCUGUUUUGGUUGAAGCUUCACCGCACGAUCUCUUCUGGGGUGGUGGUCGGGAUGGCGAAGGCCUCAAUUAUUUGGGAAGAUUGUUGAUGAAAUUAAGAUCAGAGAUUUUGGAAGAGACUGCUGUCACUGCUGGGGUGAAAUGAAUGUCUAUCUACUUUCUAGUAUUGCGAAGUAGAGAUUAUUUAUCGUGGUGUGCAAGUCAUUUUUUUCUAUAGAACGAUGAAAUAAUGCUUGUAUUAUUUUAAUAAAGUAUGUAUUUUUCCUUGUAGUAAUUUUGUAAGAAUACAGGAAUGCACAAUUUUCGUUGUGUUCAUUUGUAUUGCUAUGUAUAGGAGAAUAUUGAGCAAUGGAUGUCUUAUUUUAGAGAA